AUUUUCAAAUGAUUUCUUUAAAAACUAUAUCUGAACAAGCAUAUGUGUAGAUACAUGUAUAUACAUACAUUGACAAAAAGAACAAUCGAUAUUCAUUUGUAUCCUUAUCGAUUUGUCAUACUUUAUACGAUUGUAAAAUAAAAUCUAAGAUUAUAAAUUAAAUUAUGGACUUUAGGCGACGCGCCAGAAAAGAGGUUGAUGAAACAAUUUUUGAAGAAAUAUGUGACGUUAUAUUUGAUUUAAUACCUCAAGCACCAUCAUUGAAACAAUUUUUUUUAAACUGGAGUGCACUUAAUCAUAAAGAAAGGACACGAUUGGAUAUUAAAAGUCGAUUAUGGUGUUGUCCGAAAAGACGGCAACUUUAUAAAUCGUUACGCGAAGCUAUGAUCCGUUGGGAAAAUAUACAGGACACUGAAGGCGCUCCAGGAUGCGAACCUAGUAUGAUCCCAUCGCGCUAUUCUCAACUUGAAGAAGAACUCGGAAAUCUCGUUUGUAAUUUGGAAAUAUUUUUUUUUAAAAAAUAUGAAAACUUAUAUGACCGAGUUGGUGAACAAAUUAACAGUCCUCUGAAUUUUAAGAGAGAUAGGUUGUUGCUAUUAUCAAGUUGUAAAGAUUAUUGUCGCUUCAUUGGCAAUCCGAAGACUAGAUCUCUACGUUCUGUACAUAGCUGGGCUUGUUUCGUCGAUAGUAAAAGCUCUGAAGAAGAGUUAAAUGGUUACUUGACAAAUUGAUUCAGCAAUAAUCCUUGUUAAUGACAUAUUUUUGUUCCAUCAUUCUCUCCUUUCCUUUUUGUUGUUUUUUUUCCCCUUAAAAAUAAACGAUCCCUUGCAUCGAACGAACUCUCUUUUUCGAUGAAAAAGAGACGACGUUAAUGACAUAAAAUAUUUUAUUAUAUUAUUUAGGGUCAAGGUGCACGAACGUACAAUUAGAUAAUAUAAUUAAUCGAUUAAUCACUAGCGCAAGUCAUAUAAUAGAAUCGAAGGAAUUGCUGUAUAAGAUAGUUGCAAAUUAUACAGAACACUUGAUUCGACUAAAUUCCUUCGAAACAUUCGAUCAAUAAUCAAGUUUUAAUUGUUAAUUGUUUUUAAAAUGAUCACUGCCGCUCAUUAGGAGAUACAUACAUAGUGCGCGUAUACAUCAUCGCUAAAUAACGGCUCAGGAACGAGAUUUUCUUUUUUUAUUUCUUUUUAAUUUGUUGCAUCUAUGUUUCCUUUUGUUAAUUUGUGCCAAUCGGCGACACCAUCGUGGAACGUAACUAUUUAUAUUCUCACAAAAAUCAUCAUACGUUUAACACAGAACAUUCUUUGAAGGAAACUGCGAGUUUCCGAAAGUUCAUAUCAUAUUGAAAUUGUCAGUUUUGACUUGCUUUCUUUACGUGCACAAUUCACAAAAAGAAUUGAACAAAUUCAUUUAAUACACCAUAUUACACCACCUAUUGUGUUUGUAUAUCAGUUUAUCGAGAUAUAUCGCAUCGAUGCAUAUUACUAGCGAAUGCGCUUAUUAACCGCAAAAUUGAAUGCGCUACAACGCGCAUCUAUCGGGCUUCUUAUUUUCGUAAUCUUUUCGCUGUGAUAUAUAAGAUUAUAUAUUUGUUUUCAUUCUAAUGAUGCGUCGUUAUCAAACAUAUAUAAUAUGCUUGAUGUCAUUCGAAAUGUCCACCAAGAAGAACAACGAAAAUACGGGCCAUUGUUCUUCCCUGAAGUAGAAUUUGCUUUAUUAAUAAUUAUACUAAAAAUUCACAUCUUUACUCUACGCAAAGCUGUGUUUGUGUGUAUAUGCGUGCGUUUGCUACGCACUCUCACGUAACAUUCUAUAUCGAUACUUAUUUCUUUAAGUAUCGGUCAGAUCUUCAUUAAUGGAUGUUACACAAUUAAUGUAUCUAAUUACUGUACGUUACCACUUAUUGCUUAAAAUUUAUGCUCAAAAGAAAAUCUUUCUACCUUUAUAUACAAGUACGCACGUAUACAUGUGUAUAUAUACAUAAUGUUCGGAUCAAGAAUAUAAAACAAUAUGUGUGUGUGUGUGUGUGUGUGUAUGUAUAUAUAUACUUUUUUUACGUGUAUUAUUCAAAUCUAACAUAUGUGCAACAUAUAAUGAAGGCAUUUUACAUACGUAGAGUAGCAAGAGUAUGAGUGAAUAUAGAAUACAUAUUUUCUUGUUACUCCGAUCACUUUAUCGUUAUUUUUAAGUGCAUAACGUCCAUCAAUGAAAACCUAAUUUAAUCUACCUGAAUAUAGUCGAUCAUUCGCCCACUUUUUUAACACUAAAAGAUUGUUUCCAGAUACUCUAUCGUUUACCAUAUCUUUCUUAUGGUCAUAAAUAACUGGUACCGUUUCACGGUAACAAAAAAAAAA